ACUCCCUCCCUCCCUCUCUCUCUCUCUCUCUCUCUCUCUCUCCCUCGCUCUAUUAGCUUGCAUGGCAGUGCAUUGUGGCUGGAGUGACAGCCAGGCGAGUGUGAGUGUGUAGGGAUGCAUAAACGGUGAAGAUCGCCGGAAAGAAAAGGGUGUUGCUGGUGUCGGAUGCCGUGGAGAGAGGUGUCGGCACCCCUCUCUCUCUCUCUCUCUCUGUCCCUCUCUCUCUCUCCCUCCCUCCCUUUCUCCCUCCCCAUCGCUCUUGCUUUCUCAUGCUGCUGCCCUAGCCAGCCCCGCAGACGCUGCCGGACUGGAUGGAGGCUCAGGGAGGGGCUGGUACCCCAGUGGAGCCCAGCAAAGACAUUCAGAACCUGCUGAAGCCCUCAAGCUCCGGGGACCUGACCACGGCGCCUUCCCACAGCCCCUCACAGGAGGAAGAAGGGGGAAUAACCGUGCCCAUCUCUGGGCUCCUGCAGGUCACAGAGAGGAGACAGCCGCUCAGCAGUGUCUCCUCCCUGGAGGUGCACUUUGACCUCCUGGACCUGACCGAGCUCACAGACAUGUCGGACCAGGAGCUGGCCGAGGUCUUCGCCGAUUCAGAUGAAGAAAACCAAAACGAGUCUCCAGCAAGCCACCACCAGCCGCCCCUACCCCGCGGAGGCUACAUGCGCUCUCCCUCCUGGACCCGCUGCAGCAAAGCAGAGACCGUGCGAGAGAGGAAGCACCACAGCGAUUCAGACGCCACCACCGAGCCCUACCUGAAGAUGGAGCGCCCCAAACAGCCCUGAGAGCCCCAGACCUGCCGCCUCCGCCAGCCCGAGACCCAAUGGUGCUAAAGGACCGACCAAACCAACACACAAAAACACCGCAACGCACCGGUCACUCUCAGUACACACACGUCUCCCGUUUUAAACCUGGGCGAUCCUGUUAGCACAAAGGCCACAGGGCGGGGGGGCGUGUGAUUUCGUGGAGGUUUCUUUUUCCCAUGUAGGGAGGCUGACUGGGCAGGGGCCCCACGUGGCAAAAAAAAACAACAACAACACAGAGCCAUGAUGCAUGCUGGGACACGGGAACAUCACCAGCCGCGAAGCUACGGGAGGCAGAGGGGGUACGGAGGGGCGGGACGAGCACAAAGAGACAGAACCGAAGUCCCCGCCCGUCAGGCAGGGUUCGGAGGAAAACCCCCCGCUGUCAACGCAGUGUCCUAACGCACGUCCUGAACUACAGCCAAAUAACCACGGUACAGUAAAGGUCCUAAAUUCCGCUCAUAAGGCCAUUACCUGCACUUAUUUUACUGUAACCUCUCUUUACAGGAAACAACAAAUACCGCCCAAAGCCUAUACAUCAUUAUCUGCCUUUUUUUGAAGUACCUGUGUAAAUUGUCGGACUCUGUAAUUUGCUGAUCGCUGUAACGAGUAGUGGAGGCUGGCACAGUGAGCCAGCAGUUUGUUUCCUCGUCUCCGAAUGUGUGUGUGGACUGAUGUGGGUGACCCCUAGUGGCCAUAGUAAAUAUAGCACUGUCUGCCCAAGAAGACGGUCUUGAAAACCAAUCCUUCACUGAUAUUGCAUUAAACACUGUGCAUUUGACAGUUAAAUUUAAAAGAUAAUAACAAUAAAGAAAUGAGAGGAGAA